UGGAGCACUGUCUUUUCUUACUCAAAACCUGUGGGAUAACAUACUCUGGGAAAUAUGACUGUCAACUAUUUUUUCAACACAAAACAAAGCAGAUGUCUACAGUCAAGAAAAACUGGGACUAAGUGCGUGUUACGCCUGGAGGACCUUCUGAAGAACUGAAUGACUAAAUGAAGAAACCCAGAAGAAGAACAUCUACGGAAGAGCACCAGGGAGCACAAAUUUGAAAUGUUAACACACGCCUCACUGGAAAGAACGCCGCAUGCACACUUGCAUACAAGAACCUGAGUGAGAAGAUUAGGUCACAUCACAUGACGAGCAUCUUGACCAGUCACAGACCCUAGCCUGUGCCUGUGUAUGAGCUGCCCACGGGUAACUCUCACUGUAGAGGGCAGUCCCAGUGGGGCAUCCACAGCGGGGCAUCCAUGGCUGGCCUGACCGAGCUACCCUGCUGUCCACACUGCUCGGGCAGGGGAGAGAGCGGGGCUCAGAGUUUCGGUGUGCGCUCCUACCUGCACCUCUUCUAUGAGGACUGUGCCUUCCUGACCCCCCGAGAUGUGGAGGAGGACUUACAGAAUAAGGGGGACCCCGUCUCCUCCUGGUCCUGGUACUCUCUUCUCUGGAAGGCCAGCCUCACAGUGGGCCUGCUCCUGGUGGUGGUGGGGGGGGCGGCGCUGGGCGUGGGCCUUGUGCUCUCCCCCCAGAUCGAGGGCUUCGGGGAGGGCGAGCUGCUGAUGGUGGACGUGCGCGCCGUGGGGCACAACAGCGCGCUGAGGGCCUGCCGCCUGGCGGGGGCGCUGCUGCUGGCCGUGGGCGGCACCGUCCUGCUGGCCUGCGCGCUGGCCUGGCCCGUCUGCAGAGCCGGCGAGCGCAUACAGGACGACCGCGCCAGCUCGGCCUGGUCCUUCCCCGCCGUGUCUCCCAUCCAGCUGCCGCUCCCCGUUAGCCUAGCGCAAACGCUGAGCGUGCAGCCCAAACCGGCGCUCUGAGCCGCCCCGGUCACCGCCGGUCCCACAGCGCCGCACGGACCCUCUCCGCCCGCUCGCACCGGCGGUCCGAACCUCCCCGCUGGCCCGUCUCAUCAGACAUACUGUACGCCGCUUCAUCCGUAAACGAGUGAUUCUCUCCUCGCGUUGUCGUCACUCACCCAUUCCCGUUUCAUGAAAACUGGGAGACACUGCAGGUGCCCUCUUUCACAAGUUUGUCGAAUGUACGCAUACAUACAACGACAGUUUGAGAGGAAAAUGAACAGUAACAAGUAAAACAAACAAAUAAUUAAGAUUCAAGAAGAUACUCACAACGCUUGCGGACGGUCGCGCCCGAAAGCCUGAUUCCCACACCACAAAGCCUUUACUGCCAACACGGUGAACGGGAUGUGCAGAAACCGCUCCCCCGAGGGGGGAGACACGUGCUGGAGUUGCCUCGUUUUUAAUAAAAUCCAGUUCACAAUCACAA